AUGAAAAGCGUAAAAUAUUUACUUAAAUAUAUAUACAAAGGAUUUGAUAGAGCUCAAAUUGUCGUACGAACCGUGGAAGAAGACGGUCAAACAACAACUAUCCAGGAACCUAUGUACAACGAAAUUCAAAUGUUUCUGGACGUUCGCUAUGUUAGCGCGCCUGAGGCGAUGUGGAGGAUUUAUACAUUCGAAAUGCACGAUAUGUCUCAUGCUAUUAUUAAACUCUUUGUACAUCUUCCGAAUAUGCAACAAGUCUAUUUUAAUACAAAUAGUACCAUUCCUGACGUCGUAGAAAGGGCCGCAACACAACACACUACGUUAACAGGAUGGUUCGCCUUAAAUACCCAAGAUGAAGAAGCUAGACAAUACACAUACGUACAGAUACCUUAUAACUAUGUGUGGAAAAUAACACAAACAAGAAUCUGGGUAGAACGUCAACGUCAUUUUAAUCGUAUAAUUCCUAGAUUAUAUUUUGUACAUCCUAGAGAAGGCAAAUCAAACAGAGACUUUCAACUGCUCUUACCCACUGAACCAGUAGAACACCUAAUCGAAGAUGAAUACGAUUAUGAUCAAUCAGAAGAACAAGAAAUUGCUAAUAGGAACAUUCCCCUUUUAAACCAAGAGCAACGACGUAUUUUUACCGAUAUACUUUUAGCCGUAAACGAAAAUGAAAGAGUUUCACAUCGUCUUUUCUUUAUUAAGGGAAUUGGAGGUGCAGGAAAAACAUUUCUAUUGAAUACACUACUGACUUACCUACUAGGAAAUAAUCACCGUUACAUUGCUAUCUGUUAUACAGGUAUCCCAGCCAGCUUACUGAAAAAUGGCCAAACGAUUCAUCCUGCUUUUAUGUUACCGGUUCCAUUUCUAGAAAAUUCAACGUCAAGGAUUCGCAAUCAGAGUGCGAUUGCUGAUAAUAUUAGAUAUUCAAAAAUUAUUGUCAUUGAUGAAAUAUCGAUGGUACAUAAAAGUAUAUUUAAUGAAAUAGGUAGGAAGAUAAGAGAAAUAAUGAACAAUGACAUUCCACUUGGCGGCAAGAUUAUUAUAAUUCUAGGCGAUUUCAGGCAUUGCGCACCUAUCGUUCCAUUGGCCGGCAAAAAUGAAACUAUUUCUGCAUCAGUGAAAUGUUCCCAACUAUGGCAACACUUUGUUAAGUACGAUCUUCUUACGAACGUUAGAGCACUGCCACAGCAAAACGAAUUCAAAGAUUGGCUCAUGACCAUAGGAAAUAAUUCCGAAAUUUUACGUCACUUAGAAAAUGGCAGAGAUACUAUAGUCAAAGUUCCUAACCAUAUUAUUGUAGAAAAUGUUACUGAAAGCAUUUACGGUAGCAAUUUAAUUGAACACGAUUCCACACUAUUACAAAAAGCGAUUUUGUCUCCGUUAAACAUUCAUGUGAAGGAUAUCAAUGCAGUUGUUUUAGAAAAACUGCCAGGCAGAUCACGACAAUAUAUAGUGUUGAUAGUAUUAUCCGAGAAGACGAUACAACUGAAAAUGCUGCUGAUGAUUUAGAUUCCGCAUGUCCACAAGACUUUUUAAAUUCUUUGGAUGCUCCAAGACUUCCUCCCCACAUUCUUACACUAAAGAUUGGUGCAGUUAUCAUUUUAACGAAGAAUUUAGAUCUAAAGAGAGGUUUAUGUAACGGCACA